GAGGAUUGCUCGUUUAGCUCUUUGGAAAAGGAAGUAUCCUUGGCGAACAGCUGAGCAGUGAGUGCCACACGUUCCUUGGCAAGUUGGGCGUUGAGGGUGUGGAGGCGAGAUACCUCAGAUCGCAACGCGUCAGCGUCUCGGGCGGAGUGACUAUAGCAGUGAAAAGCGUGGAGAACCGUCGCCAACGCGCCUUCGGACACUCUGCCUAAUCCGUGCUCUUGAACCCUCUCAUUCAUCUUAGCCACCUGGGCAGGCGUAAGGGAUAUGGAGUAUGGCAACCCUCGACUCUCAGAGCUCGAAGAGGGAACAUUCGGCGGCGGCGGAGGAGUUUCGCCGGCCGAUGUCGCGCCUUGACCAAGGGACGACGAGACAACUGUUGGCUGGGAGCAGGCCCUAUCCACGGAUUUACUUUGAGAAUUUAGAGGAGGAACAGGCAUCACCCGCGAAGAUUCGCCAGGGCGGGUUUAGCUGUUGGAAGGCUGUAGCUUUUUGACGGAAGGGCGAUGAGAUUCCUCGCCAAGGGGUCGCUUCUCGCCCGCCUGGAUUUUCGGCAUGGAUGCCUUGUCACCGUUUAGAUUUACUCGGGGAGGAAAGGAAAUUUUUUUUUGAUUCUUGAACAAACCUAAUAUCUCCCCACUGACUUUGUGCAUUUCUCCUGGGAUAAAAAGAGCGAGGGUGAGGUAGUUAAAAAAAAAAAAAAAACAUAAAGUAGAAGAAAGGAAGAAAAGUUCACCAAUCACGCGGGCACAAUCCGAAACCGGAAGUUUGGCUAAGAAGCUGAUAACUGCUUUAUUAACAGAAAUCAAGGAGUCCUCGGGCGGAUCUAUCACCUGGUGUACUUCUCGGGUCCAGUAAAGCGGGAAUCGGGAAACCCCGUCUCUAUAAGUAAAAACCUCAGGAUAUUCAUGGGAAACCACAACUUUGAAGAACUUCCGAGCCAUGUCGACAGUGACAGUAAUGUUGGGCCAAAAGGGGUUGAAACGCUGCCGGCCGGUCCUGGCUUCCAGAGCAACCCAACUACGCGGGGAAGAGGGCUUGACAGGCACGUGGUAGAAGUAGAAGAAUUGGGAAGGUUCAGGCUCUUAAUGAAUUGCGUCACAAAGAAUUUCGAAGCAACGCAAGAAGGCCCAGCUGUUGGGAUGAAGUUGGCUAGGGCGACUUUGAUGCUCUGGAGAACUGAACAAAUGAAGGUGGAAAAGGGAAAUUUGAUUCUCAAGUUUGUGAACAUAUACUCGUAAGUGUAAAAGAAAUUAGGGGCACCCAUGAAGAAACCCGAGGGGUGAAGCCAAGGUCGUUCAGUGGGCGAACAAGCGCUAAAGCGCAUGAGAUUGUCAAGAGGUUUUUCGUGGCAGAAUCCACUUGAUUUCGAGGAAAUCUCCCAAAUGGACGAUUCCUACUCUAUGCUGGAUCGCUGAUUGGGCAUUGUCUCGCCGGGAAGAGCUACCUGGAUAGGGGCCUUCAGGGAUUCCCAGGUUUUUAUCCGGAAAUAAGCAAUGCCUUUUCCUUCAAGAGGAACGCCCCCCGGGGGAGGAACAUACUAAAGGGGAGUAGCGACGGUAACGUCACGAUUGAAGUUCUUGGUCUGACGUUUCGGCAUCUUUACAGGAAAAUGGUGAAGUGUGAAGGUCACAGUGGCAAUUGGAAGGGGGCAAAAGUAGAAGACUAAAGGUUUGAGCUUUUUGAGAGGGUUAAGAUUUAUGAAGGAAUGGUUCUAGAAGCGGGAGGUAACGUGUCAAGGGUAGGGGCAUGAAGAGGGGGAUCGUGCCCCAUAACGUCAGGAAAAGACGUAAGAGUGGUUGCGAGAUUUUGGGGAGUUGGGAGGAUGCAUUAAGAGAAAAGCUGUAACCGUGGACGUUGAUUGGCUCGAAUUCAAACUGACAGGUUCUGAAACGAUCUGAAAAGACGUUUCAAAAGUGGCAGUUGAGAUUCAGUGGAUUUGCUGACUUAAAAACUACUUCAGGGCGCAACGCGUGGCGAACGCACGACACCUGUCAAAGUGUCAUGGUUUAGGGCACGUGCGCAGUGCUGGCAAGGCGAGCAGGUCAAGUGUCAUCGCCCUGGGACUGCUUGUGGACUCAGUGUAACACCCCGAUUUCCAGGUGUCACUUUAGUAACUCAAAAAUAAACUUUACGCGGAAAGCAGGUUUUUUUUUUUCUUUUUAAUUAAAGUAAUAGAAAAAUAAAGACAUAACCCAGCAAAUUAAACUAACCGAUGUACAUCAUAUAAACAUGUACAGCCUCAGCUGCACUCCAACGUCACGCGCUCUCGCAGUGACUCCAAAGUAGUGUGCCCGUAGGCAAAUAUAUACAGAUCCAGAAAUGUGAGUGAGAAAGUUAUAAUUACAAUCCAAUAGGAGAAAGUCGGCCUCAAAAUGGCCUAAGCAAAGACCCCUACGGUCCGACUGACUCUCUGUGAUCCUCCAGCAAGAGAACCACACAAAAAGCCAUGCGUCGGGAACCUACCCUGUCCCAAAACAAAACGAAUCAGAGCUCUACACAAAAUAUGACUCCUACCUAAACCUACCCUCCCAGCACUGCUCACAUAUCCUCCUCCUCCUCCUCGUCGCUCGGCGAGUAGCUGUCAACGUCGGUGUCGGAGUCAGAGUCCGAGUCCACAGCGAACUGAAGUCGGCAAGUUGAAGCUCAGCUCUAUGCGUCGUAGAACUCCCUUCGUCAGACGUCCACGCUCGUCAGUCCGGUCCUCCAUGACCCUUCCCCGGUAUGUCGCCCGAUGACCCACAAGAUAGAUCACCCAAGCGGUGGGGGCAUGUCGGUCAACCAGCUCAAACCUGAUCCCCCCCGAGGGAGAGACCAUCGAAACCCAAUCCGUCGUCGACAUCUGGCAGCAGACCGACCGCCCAAACACAACAUGAAACCAAAGCAAAGGCGCUAGGGUCAACUCACGGAAUAGAAUAAUUAUACAAACAACAUGUGAUUGGGGGAUAUAUAUAUAUAUUUUAUUAUAUAUAUAUAAAUAUAUUCCUAGCAUGUUAUCGGCUCUAACAAUAAUUCGAUAAUUCAAAACAGCACACAAUUCCAGUCAGGGUGAAUGUAUGUGUGAAAUGCAAUUCAAUAUGACCUAGAUAGUUGUUUGGGAUGGGCACCACGAGUCUGCCCUACACCGGCCUAGUGUCGACAACUCUGCUCGGGUGUCGCUUACAAACCCAUGCAUAGUCAGAUCAGUCCCAACCACCCUAGGUCGUACCACUCUGCCCGCUAUGCCGAAGAUACAUCCAAGUGUUCUUCGAUGAAGGCCGUCCCAACCUUCGUGAAGCCGUCCCAACUUCACCGAGGCCCAAUCUUUCGAUCGUACAAACCUCGAAUGUAUGCAUGAUACAAUAUGGUUAGCCAAACAUCGAAUCGUCCUCACAACGCAAGUGUUUAGCUUAAAGAAGAUCCCAAUGUGUAAACCCAAGUGUUUAUUGAUGAUCAAGACGACAUACACCCCAACAUCAAGAGUAUUAAAGUACUUGACAACCUCCUCUCGUCACCGUGACUCUCCUCCGUGGCGUCCGCCAAUUCCAAGUAACUUCAAGACUUGUCGACUUUUCCCCGUCUUUCGCAAUCAUUUUCCCCUUUAGGUUCCCUAUGGUUUAUUCGUUAAUGAAAACGUUUCAAAUUGAAUUAGUCAGGUUAUGAGUUUAAUUCCUGAAGACUAAGUUCUCUAAGGUCUCUAGUUCCCAAGAUUCUAUUCAGUCUAAGUUUGCCAAAAAUCCCACCAAAUGUAACCCCCGGGGAAAGUCUAAGUAUACAAACGAUGGCUAGGUCUCAAACCUCGGGUUUGGACUUGCCCAGGGUUGUUCAUCCAACCCGAAAGAUCAACAGGAAUCAGUUCAGUGAUUCUUCGCUCCGAAAUCGCGUCAAGGCGCAGAUUUUAAUACAAUAUCAAUAUCAUAAGUUAUGAAAACAACAUAACAAUAAUUCAUCAUCAUAACCAAUAUCAAAGUAAUACACAAGUCGAAUUUAUCGACGCCUAUCAUGCAAUCUUAGCUAAUAGGUAAGUUGCCCUAACCUCGAGUUGUUCCAGCCUCGCAGUAUAGGUUUUCCUCACAAUAUAGCCCCGUAGUACCCAAAGUUCCUUCAACUGAACCUUGGAGAGAACAAAGCAGAAAUCAACACAAAAUCGAUUAGCUCGAUCACAACACAGCUAAUUAACGAUAGACAAAGUGUUUGAAGCUUCAGAGUACAACAAUCGAGCACGAGAGGACGAGUUAUCGCAAAAAACGAAUCCUCCCCCCUCAAAACAUGCUCUCGGCCAUAUAGGAGUGUUAAUUGCAUAUAAUUUCGACCUAUUGUUGGACAUUUCGAUUGGAAUUUAUAUUGGGUUCAACCUUCGAAGUCGAAAAUGAAGGGAAUCAAGGAAAUUUAUCAAGUGUUCAACGACUUCGACUGUAAAGUACUGUUUUUCGAGAUACGGAGAGUUCCAUAUUAGAAGCCGGUUUGUCUUUGAAAGAUGAUUCACGAGGGACACGUAUAGAAUAGAAAAACACGUGUAGGACGAAGCUAUGUUCAGAAGACACUUGUAAUAGUUGUAUUAAUUGACCGUUAGAAGUCAGUUACAUUUUAAGUCUAUAAAUAGCAGGUUUGUAGAAAGAAUAGGGGUUCACAAUCUUUACUCGAAAACUCUCAAGUGCUUACAAUCGAUCACAAUGAUUACAAGCCAAGUUAGAGUGAAAAAGUAGGGAUUCGUGUAACACUUUGCAUCUUAUAGUACAUUAUUAUUAUUCAGAUUCAGAAAGUUCAUUUAUGUUUUUAUCAUUUAAGUCGAAUUUAUUCGUUUUGUUUCUAAUUUGUUACUAAAUUUCUUUAGUUUUGAGUGACUAAAUUUAAUUCAUUUUCACCAAAGAACCCAAGAGGACUCGAAUCCAGUCCCAGAUUGAUCUUUGGAUUCUUUAUUUGUGUUUACCAAAAUUUGGUGUAAACAAAUUGGCACACCUGGUGGGACCUCUUUGUGAAAAUAGUUGUUGAAUUCGGUUAUCAUUCAAACUUACUUAACCCACGUUUAUGCGUUUUAGAAGUGGAAGACUAGUAAGUAUGGCGAAUGGUAGAUCGAGAAGUGGUAAUUCCCCUCCCGCGAAUACUGGACCUUCGGCAAAUCAAACCGGAAAUCCCGGUGCUGGAGUGAAUGUUGAGGGAAAUGCCUUGAACUCUGGAACGGCACAGGCAACAACGACCAAUGUGGCCGAAAAUGUUAUACCUGUGGUGACGCAAGCGGCUACAGUGCCCUCUCCGACGACUCCAGUCGUAUCACAAAUGGUUGCUGGGGCAUCUCGCCCUCAACCGGUGAACCUGCCGGUGAAUCCGCCAUUUGGGAUGCCUCCAGGGUUAAUGGCUGGAGUAGGGACAUUUCCUGCCAUAUAUUCAGAUAACGUAAUGUCAGUCGGAUCCCCGAGGAAUCAACACCAGGCUUCGGCCUCCAAUGUCGGGGGUCGAAAUAAUAUUUAUCCUCAGGGGAUGGCAGGGGCGAGUGUCAACCAUUUAGGGACUUCGUUGACAAAUACCUCUGUUAACGUAUUGAGGCAACAAAUGGAUGAUAGUAACCACGAAAUGGUGAAUAUGUUGGCCCAACAAAUAGGAACUGUGUUUAAUCCUUUAAUCCAAAACACAAAUGAGUCGUAUCAGCAGUUGACGAGACAAAUGGGUCGAAUUGCUGACGCUUUUGGAGUCCCUCGAAACGAGGUGGCGAAUCCUGUGGGGGCAGCGGCGAAUAAUGCCGUCGAAAUGAAUGCGGUUCCUCAGAAUGUUCCGCUUCAAGCAAAUGCCGAAGUGGCGGCAGUGCAAGGUCGAAAUCAAUUGGAUAACCUUGGUGGCCAAAUGCCUCUGAACAUUGAAAAUCCUAUCUUAAUAAAUCGAAAUAUGGAUGCAGAUAGGGUAGUCGAGAGAGUUAGACAAAAUAACGUUGGGGGGCAUCAAAAUAUAGCAGGCAUAGUCGAAAAGUUAUUGAACCAACAUGGAUUCAAUGUGGGUUAUGCAAAUCGACCCCAUUUUGCUUCGGCUUUCUCCGAAUUCGUCCUUCAAACAGAAUUGCCUAGAGGAUGGAAAGUCCCUAAGUUCACCAAGUUUUCGGGGGAUACUGGAGAGUCGACAGUCGAACAUAUCGCUAGGUACCAAAUAGAAGCAGGGGAUAUAGCAAAUAAUGAGAACCUGAAGAUGAAAUAUUUUCCGAGUUCUCUGACUAAAAAUGCUUUUACUUGGUUUACUACUUUGUUGCCUAAUUCAAUCCAUAAUUGGGCUCAGUUAGAGAGAGUUUUUCACGAACAGUUCUUCAGGGGUGAGUCGAAAGUCAGUCUGAAGGAAUUGGCCAGCGUGAAAAGAAAAUUCAAAGAAACCAUAGAUGAUUACUUGAAUAGGUUCAGACAAAUGAAGUCGAAGUGCUUCACUCAGGUCCCAGAACAUGAGUUAGUCGAAAUGGCGGCUGGCGGCCUAGACUACUCAAUUCGGAAGAAGAUAGAUACCCAACAUCUUAGGGACAUGGCUCAAUUGGCUGACAGGGUCAGACAGAUUGAAAAUUUGAAACUCGAAAAAGAAAAAUUUAAUAGAGUUCCCAAGAAGGGUAAAGUUGCGUUCGUCGAAAGUUGCGAAUAUGAAGUCGAUUAUGACUCUUAUCCAGGCAACUGUGAUGAUAUCGAACAGCAGGAGGUUGAUGUGGCCGAAUUGGUAUCAGGACCUCCUUAUGUUUGUAGGAUGUUAAAACCCUAUGAAUCUAAAAAUGCGGAAACAAACAAAGGUGUUGGUAAAUUUCCUGUGAAAGCGUAUAAUUUUGAUGUUACUAAAUGCGACGCGAUUUAUGAUAUUCUGUUAAAAGAUGGUCAAAUUAAAGUAUCUCCUGAUAAAAAAGAAGUACCUUUCGACCAAAGGAAAGGGAAAAGGUUUUGCAAGUUUCAUAAUGUAUUCAGUCACUGGACUAAUAAUUGUGUACGUUUCAGGGAUCUGGUGCAAACUGCAAUCAAAGAAGGACGGCUCAAGUUCGAGGAAAAGGAUAAGGCUGCUAUGAAGAUUGAUUCUGACCCAAUGCAAAUUGGCAACGCCAAUUACGUCGAGCCAGCCGGGAUAAUGAUGGUUGAGUUGUCUGAUUUGAAUCAGGUUGCUACUGGAGGAGAUGAUAUCGAAGCUGUGGGGCCUUCUCCAGGGAUGGAGAAGGUCGAAUUGUCUGAAGAGGGAAUGGAUUCUCCUUCCGUGGAAGAAGAGGUCGAAACCGCUAAGAAGGUGGUUUACCCUCGGUCGGAGGAAAGCCUGCUGGAAUUCCUGCAGCGUUGCCAAAAGUCUUACUCUGAAGUGAUGUUGUGCCCAAGGUGCAGUGUCGUAUUUGACAAGGUGGCUGCUCAAGCUAUAGAAGAUGCUGAAAUCAAGAAACGCCGCGCAGUAAUACCGGAAAGGCCUCCCAGUUUUGGGUCCAGAGGACGAGCUGAUUCUCCCUUCAUAAGGGGAAGGGGAUCCUUUGGGUUCGGAAGAGGGCGUGGUCGAACUUAUAUGCCACCAAGUCGAGUUCCGUUCAACAAGUGGAUGGCAAGGAGUCAGGCGCCUCACCCUAAGGUUAAGGUGGUCGAAUUGGGAAGUGGGUCUGCCUAUAUGGAUAAUUCUCGAAAUCAUAAGAAUUAUACCUAUGUCCCAAGGCCGUAUCUAGGUCGAAACCCAAUGACAAAAACUCAGUGGAGGCGUCACCAGAGGGAGAAAGCCUUCGAGGCAGGCCAAUCCAGUUCUGAGAGGCCAGUCAAGUACCAACUUUUGGGCCAAAGUGGUGGGGCUCCUAUGGUUCCUAUUCAGGUGAUUAAGCAGAGUAUGAAGAAUGCUGGGAAUUGGGUGACUACUAACCAGGCAAAAGGGAAAGAGAAACAGUCUGAAGAUGUCGAAAUGAAGGACGACUUUGAAAUGUUGGAGUCUGAGUUUGAGUCCAUGUGCAGCUUAGUCUCGAUCCUUCCAGAAGAGUUCGAUGUGAAAACUGAAAUCACUGAUGAUGAAGAGGAUUACUACGUCGAGGAGGAUGAUGACAAUCCACUGUGCUAUUAUGUGAUGACUAAAGGAGGAAUCGAAGAUGAUUGUGCCGUUUUCAAGAAACCAGAUAUGGAGAUGAAGAAGCAUUUGAAACCGCUUUUUGUGUGGGCCCGCAUUGAAGGAGUAGGCGUCAAUAAAGUCUUGGUUGAUGGCGGGGCCGCCAUAAAUUUGAUGCCAAAGUUUCUGCUUAAGAAGAUUGGGAAAUCUGUCGAGGAUUUGCAACCUCAUAACAUGAUGUUGACUGAUUACGAGGGAAAAACUUCUAAGUCUUUGGGAAUGUUAUUGGUGGACACCACAAUUGGUACUGUUUCUCGACCUACUCUGUUCGUGGUAGUGCCAUCGAAAGCAAACUACAAUCUGUUGCUAGGACGAGAAUGGAUUCAUGGGGUGGGGGCUGUGCCGUCCUCCCUUCAUCAAAAGCUGUCAAUUUGGAGGCCAGAUGGGGUGGUCGAAAAUGUUGAUGCUGACCAGAGUUACUACAAAGCUGAAGUGGAGUUUGUUGACCGAAAGAAUUUCGAGAAGCGGAUGGCAAACAUCGCUCCGUAUGAAUCAGAAGGAAAAGAACACAUGGAAGGUUCCACUAGUUAUGCAAUGAAUCUUCACCCGGAGUACGGAUUUCUUUGGAAUAAAAACUUUCGUGCUCGGAAUGCCACUGGAGAGUGGCAAAUCGUCGAAUUAGAUGAUUGAGUCGAGCGUA